CAAACGUGUGACUCGUUUCCCUACGUGCCUGUUGUUCGAGGAAGCUGUUAAUGUUGAUGAAAAUGCCUGUCCUUGUUUGGACCAACAUUUAACAUACCCACAUUAAGGAUUUUUUUUAAUUUUUUUUUCCAAAUCCGAAAAUGGCACGACGUGGAUGCAGCGCGUGGUUGGAGCGCCUGGUCGUUGUCAUUGUUACCUUGGAUCUUACUUUAAAUGUUGCUUCGGCACAGCUACGAUACUCUAUUGCUGAAGAGACCAAGGUGGGUUCUGUUGUUGGGAAUGUCGCAAAAGAUUUAGGGCUGGACAGCACUGCUUUGAAUGCCAGAGGCUUUCGCAUCGUUUCUGGAUCUACGGACCCGUUGUUUCAUCUCAACAAUCAUGGCAUCUUACACGUUACGAAAAUUGACAGAGAGGAGGCGUGUGAACAGAUCAGCAGCUGCAUUAUUAACAUAAAGACUGUUCUGGAGAAUCCGUUAGAGGUGCAUUAUGUCGCUAUUGAGAUUUUGGAUGUCAACGAUCACUCCCCCACCUUCCCCGAAAACGAGACUCAAUUACAGAUUUCAGAAUCUGCUUUACCUGGGGCGCGAUUUCAGCUACAAGGCGCCCAUGAUCCAGAUAGUGAUAUGUAUUCUAUUCAACAGUAUAGGCUCAGCCCAAAUGAACACUUUCGUCUGGAGGUUAAAGAUAGAGGAAAGAAUGGGAAAAUUCCUCUGUUGUAUUUGCAUAAACCACUGGACAAAGAAACUUCAAGAAGUCAUAGAUUAAUGUUGACAGCAGUUGAUGGAGGAAAGCCUGCUAAAUCUGGAAGCAUGGCAAUUUUAGUUAAUGUUUUGGAUGUAAAUGACAAUAUGCCAGUUUUUGCGAAAGACUCCUACUCUUCAAUGCUAAAAGAAAAUUCACCGAUAGGCACAACUAUCAUGCAAGUAAAUGCCACCGAUUUAGAUGAUGGUUUAAAUGGCGAGGUGGUUUAUUCGUUUGGCGAUAAUGUGAAUAAUAAAUUACGCAAACUUUUUGAAGUUGAUCCCAAUACAGGUACAAUUAUUGUUAAAGGACUGAUAGAUUUUGAAGCAAAUGAUAGGUACGAAAUUGAUAUUAAAGCUUCUGAUAAAGGGCCAGUCCCCCUGGAAACAGAAAAAACUGUUGUAAUAACUAUAGUGGACCUGAAUGAUAACGCACCUGACAUUGAGGUGACAUCCUUUUCCAAAGCAAUUCCUGAGGAUUCCAAACCUGGAACGACAGUAGCCUUGAUAAGUGUGCAGGACAGGGAUUCAGGUGUAAAUGGAAAGGUGAUCUGUUAUAUAAGUGAGGAUGUGCCUUUUACAUUAACACCUUCUUUACAAGACAAUAUGUACUCUAUUGUCACUAAAUCUCUACUUGACAGAGAGCAACAGUCAACAUAUGAUGUGACCAUAAUUGCAAAAGAUGGUGGUGAACAACCUUUGUCAUCUCAGAGGACAAUUAGUGUGUCUGUAUCAGAUGUGAAUGACAACAGUCCAGAGUUUUCAACAAGUCCAUAUACCUUUUAUGUUGUUGAGAACAAUGUAGCAGGAGCAUCUUUGUUUUCAGUGAGUGCUCAUGAUUGUGAUGAGGCUGACAAUGCUUUAAUAUCAUAUAACAUUGUAAGAAAUGGGGAUGAGCACAAAUCAUUUACAUCUUUUCUUAACAUUAACUCAGAAAAUGGAGUCAUCACUGCACUGAAAAGUUUCGACUUUGAAACAGUGAAAACGUUCCAGUUCCAAGUUGUGGCCACAGAUUCUGGAACUCCGUCACUAAGCAGCAACGUCACAGUGAACGUGUUCAUUCUGGAUCAGAACGACAACGCUCCAGUCAUCCUGUAUCCAGUCAGCUCCAACGGUUCUGCUGAAGGUGUGGAGGAGAUUCCCCGCAAUGUGAACGCAGCACACUUGGUGACUAAAGUCAGAGCCUAUGACGCUGAUAUAGGAUAUAACGGCUGGUUACUGUUUUCACUGCAGGAAGUGACUGAGCACAGUCUCUUUGCUUUGGACCGCUAUACAGGACAGAUCAGAACACUUCGCUCAUUCACAGAGACAGACGAGGCUGAGCAGAAACUGGUCAUACUGGUCAAAGACAAUGGAAACGUUUCCCUCUCUGCAACAGCUACUGUCAUUGUCAAAGUUGUGGAGCCCAAAGAGGCUUUUGCUGCUUCUGAUGUUAAAAGUGCAACAAACGAUGAUGAGGAGAGUAAUGUGACUUUUUAUCUCAUGAUAACUUUGGCCUCAGUUUCAGCACUUUUUCUCAUCAGCAUCAUCGUGCUCAUUGCAAUGCAGUGCUCCAAAUCCACAGACUACACUUCCAAAUAUUUACAAGAGACUAAUUAUGACGGGACACUGUGUCACAGCAUCCAGUACAGAUCUGGAGACAAACGCUACAUGUUAGUGGGACCCAGAAUGAGUAUAGGAUCUACUAUAGUCCCAGGCAGCCAUGCCAACACACUAGUGCUCCCUGACAGGAGGAGAACUUCUACUGAGGUAAGAUAA